CGAGCGGGGCGCGUCGGGCGGGCCGGCACCGGCACCGCCACACGCCUCCCGGGCGCGGCGGCGGAGGUGCGGCCGGAGCGGAGCGGAGCGGAGCGGCGCCCCCAGGGCAGGUGACCCUCAUGGUGGCAGCUGUGGCUCCUUGUUCAGCAGCUCUUCAAGGAGGGCCAGGAGAAGGGAUCAUUUGCUGGUGGAGCCAUUCAAAGCUCAGCUGAACCUGAGCCACCAUCAGCUGGGGGUCACGUCUGCGUAUGUCCCUGGGCAGAGUCCCUCCUGCGUUUGAGAAACUACAAGUGAAGAAGUUGGAUGUCUCCUUCAGCUGAGAAUAUUUCCCAAGUCCUAGCGGGAAAAGGUGGAAAGGAGGGCUGGAGGAUGUUGCUAGUAGGUAUGUACAUGACAGGAAGCCAUGGCUAGCAGUGUGAUUGUCAACAGGAAACAAGAAGUCACAGUCGAUGCAACACUGCCAUACAAUGCACUUUGGGGAGCAGUAUAUGUCUAUGUGAGAUAUUCUCCUGUCCGUUUAUCUGCUGGAGUAUGAAUUAUUCUGCAUCUGGUUAAUCCACUUGGCUGGAGUUGGCAAGCCCCAUUUUUUAUUUUUCUUGACACCUGCUACUGUAAAGAUCUUGAAGAGAUAUGGGGAGAAAAGGGUGCGUGUGAGCAACCUUCACCGGCUGGCAGCUGAGUGCUCUUCAGACCCCAGGCAGCUUUGAAGUGUCUUGGCUGUUCAGUGCUCUGCAGAUAUGAACGCUGAGCUUUUCUGGCACGUUCUCACAUUGGCCUGGUCGUUCUCACCAUGCUAGUACAUGGGAAAGAAGACUUCCUCUCAGACAUAGCUUACAUCAUCCUGGAACUGGUCAUUGCAGUGCUGGCCAUCCUGGGGAACAUCCUGGUCUGCUGGGCAGUCUAUUUGAACAGCAACUUGCAGAACGUCACCAACUAUUUUGUGGUGUCCCUGGCUGCUGCUGACAUCGCCGUGGGCGUGCUGGCAAUCCCUUUUGCCAUCACCAUCAGCACUGGCUUCUGUGCCUUCUUCUAUGGCUGCCUUUUCAUUGCCUGCUUCGUCCUGGUCUUGACUCAGAGUUCGAUCUUCAGCCUCCUCGCUAUUGCCAUUGACAGAAUCAUUGCGAUCCGCAUACCCCUCAGGUACAAUGGCUUGGUGACUGGCUCUCGAGCUAAAGGUAUCAUUGCCAUCUGCUGGGUAUUAUCUUUCAUCAUCGGCUUGACACCAAUGCUAGGGUGGCACAAGCGCUCCCAGGUCGACGAGCUGGGUUCCAAUAAGUCCUCUCCCAUCAACUGCAGCAACAGUAUGGUGGUAUGUCUCUUUGAGGCUGUGGUCACCAUGGAGUACAUGGUCUACUACAACUUCUUUGCCUGUGUGCUCCUGCCGCUCCUUCUCAUGUUUGGUAUCUACUUGAAAAUCUUCAUGGCAGCCCGACGACAGCUCAAGCAGAUGGAGAACAAGAUGGUACACGGGGAACGUUCUCGCUCCACUUUGCAGAAGGAAGUCCAUGCAGCGAAGUCUUUAGCCAUCAUUGUUGGGUUGUUUGCAAUCUGCUGGCUUCCACUACAUAUUAUUAACUGCUUUACCCUUUUCUGCCCAAAUUGUGCCCAUGCUCCCCUCUGGCUGAUGUAUCUGGCUAUUAUCCUGUCUCAUGCUAACUCAGUUGUAAAUCCUCUAAUUUAUGCCUACCGAAUCAGGGAGUUCCGAUACACCUUCCGUAAAAUCAUCAGCCAGCACAUCCUGGGCCGGAAGGAGCCGUUCAAGGCAGGAACGGCCAGCUCUAGGACUUCCACUCACGGUGGGGACGCAGAGAACGCCAGCAUACGAAUCAGUGAGUAUGCACUAGAGGUAUACACCAAUGGAGAGAUCCACAGGGAUCCUGAAAAGCAGGACUUAACCAAAUGCAAAGCUGCCUUGGAAUGGCACCAGAAUGGAAAUGCUCUGGAUGUGGAGACAAACGGGCAUCUCCCACAUUCCUGCAAAAAUGGGAUUCUCUCAGAUGCUUGCAUGAACAGGGAGCUUCACAGUGAAGAGCUAAUCGAUGCCCAGGUGUCUUACUCGGACCUGGAAAGAGCAGCCUUUGCAGCAGCUGACGUUUCCUGAUGAGACUUUUCAAGUCUUCCUGGUAGAAUUAUUUCUUUCCAUUGGUGACCUCUGCCAUGGCAGAAAGGGAGGCUGGGGGGCGGGGGGAGAGGUGUGUAUUCAGAUCGCUGUGGAGAAAGGGGUCCCUACCCAGGACUGUUGGGAUGAUCCUAAAUACUCAACUGGAGAAAAGCCAAGAGACUGUUGAAACGGACUAAGGAAAGAUGGACACGUUACCCAUCAAUGACCUGUCACCAAGAGCAGUGCCAAGGUCAAAGAUGGCAUUCCAAGUUCAGCACUGGGAGACUCUGCUGAUGCAGGGCACAUCAUGACAUUACGCUGUACUGUGUAUCUGUGGUUGUAUGUUGGUUUUGCUGUCUUUGCCAACAGAAAUAAAAGCAUGGCUGGAAGUAUUCGCUGAAUUGCAAAGAGCACCAAGGAAGGGGCCUUAUAGUACUUUGGCUCUGCAACAAACGGAAGGGGAUAGCAACAUCUAUUGGUCAGGUAGGAUGCCAGCAGCUGCUUGUAUGUGAUGGGAACUUUGGAUACCUUCAACCAUGGCCUUUUAUCUUUCAGUUCAUGUUUUGGAAGCUUAUACUGCAACAGGUUGCUCCAGUGUGUUUUUUUCUUGUCUUGGUAAGAUUACUUUAUGUUAAGUUAUAAAAGAUGGGCACAAACUCACAUCUGUUCCCCGAGCGCUCAAUGUUCCAGUUGCACAAGGCAAAUAUAACCUCAUAGCUCUCCACUUUGUCUAACAAAUAACAAAAACAGAGUCUGUGAUACGGAUUUCCCUUAGCGAAAGGGCUGUUAGCAGGCCUUGUGCUGCAGAUAGCAGACAAGCAGGCCAGGCUGUGCUCUGUGUCACCAGGAGGGUUGCGCCUGGAGCUAGUGUGAAGAGCUGUUGGGUGUGUGAGCUCUCUGUAGGCUGGUGGCCACUGUCUGCUUUUUUCCCCUUGUCUCUGUGCUUCUCCUCCUAAUCUCCUACAAUGCAACUUCUUUCCAUGGCCCCAAAUGUGUGUGAGGGGAACUAAUUUUCCAUGUGUUGCUCAUUUUUGUCCUCACUCAAAAAGCUGUAGGAUUCUUUUUCUUGGGGUAGGGAGGAACACACACGCGUACCUAACGCUUAUGUUUGGAAUUCCAAUGAGCUCUAUUUAAACACCUUUCCUCGUGUGAUUUUAGUUUUUCCCUGAUGUGCUUUACUGUGAAGCCUCAUGUGUCCGUGUGGCGCAGAGGCCAGCAGAGCUGGGUGUGUCUGGUUAGAAGAUGCUCCUACUCUGAGAAGUAUUGGAAAUCAGCUUAGAAACUGCAGUAGUCUGUCUGUACAAGAGAAGAGGCAAAUCUGUGCUGCAGCAAGUGUAUGCACUGGUGUGGUUUGUUGCAGAGGUGUUUCACAGCAGCUUGAUAAUCUUCUGUGUCACUUAUGACGCUUGGUAGCUCAAGAACAGCAGAAUGCCACAUCCACUUGAAUUCUACCUAAAGAUGGUCUAGUUUUUGUUUUUCAGACAAAUAAUCCAUUUUCUGAUACGACCAGCCUUCUGUAGAGACAGGCAGUAACGGUCCUACUUGAAAACUAAAGUCUGGUAAUUGCAGGGAUCUGAAGCUUAUUCUCUAGCUGAAAGCAUCAGAAAUAUCAUCCUUCAAACCUGCCUUCUCCUUGUGUCUGUCCACUAACAUUUCAGAAGUGAAAUAAUCUCAUUUUCAGAAAGGAAGGGGGAACUGGAUUUUGAUAUUUGAGGAAAAGCAGGUUAGGUUUUUGUGUUCUUGUUCCAUGUUUGUUUUAAACAUUGUGAACUAUUGAAAUGAAAAGUCAGUUUUAUUUGAGGAGAAUUUUCUUUUUGCCAGUCUCCCUACAUGAAGGUAGGGAGUAGUUGUAACGCUGAACGUGUUCAAGUAUGUAACUGCUCGAGGUUAGCACAAAGCUUACUGUGGGUUGGAUAAAAUGAUGUGGUUGCCACCACAAUCCUUAGCAGAAAGACAAGCAACAUUGUAGAACAAUAGACUUCACAGUUUAAUUGAAUUGCUGGUUUCUUGGCAGGUCUCUUCCGUGUAGUCUAACGUCAGAGGAGUGGAUUAUCACUCCAGCACCAUUAACAAACACUAAGCCGUUUCCCUGGGACUGACGUUGUAGGUAGUUCCUCUGUAGGGUGACUUGGGAUCUUGUUACUCUUGAUCUUUCUUGAUGGAAUAUUUCUGUAGGGUGUUUGUGGGAUGGCUCCUCUGACCUCCUGUAACAGUGGCACAGGAACUCAGGAAAAUGGGGGUCUGAUCUCUUCAGACCUCAGUUGGGAGCUGAAAUGUUUCUAAGAAUAACACAAGAUUACAUCCGGUAUUCAUGUCAAUAACAAUUAGGUCCACAAAGAAGCAGAGCAGGGAAGGAAGUGUGGGAAAAUACCAGCAUCGCUCAUGUGCUGGAACACACGCAAGUGCAGAAGUGUCUACUAUUGAGCUUUAGUUGCCAUUGUAAAGGGACAGUUUAUGCCACAUUGCAUCAGGCUUUCAACAGCUGAUGUGGGUUGGUUACUUUCUAUUGUCUCCUGAGCUUCUUCACACUUAAUUAUGGCAGCCUCUUGCUUGGUUGCCACAAGAAUCAAGUUGAUCUAUGGUGAUGAGACAAACAGGAUUGUCCCUCUGGAAAACUUGCCUGCCCAACCAGAUCGCCAUGUGAGCUUACUGAGUUUCCAGAUGUCUUGAAAUGAGUUUUUCUCUUGCUGUUUGAGAUGCCCCCAGACUGCAUCCAGUCCCUUUCAAUAUUAGUGAUCUAGAUUUGAAAGGAAAAGUGCGCUCAGGGGCUGGGGGAUGUGUGCAGGAGGAAGCACAGUGAGGGUAAGGAGGCAGCGUGUUUUAUAUAGAACUGGCAGUCUGUAGUCACAGGAAGGAAGGGAUGGCAAUUGCACCACGUGCUGUGUGCCUUCUGGCUAACAUGUGUCGGAGAUGGACCUUCAGAAGAUGUUUCUGAAGCAGUCAUUGGGGGAAGCGUUAGCCUUUUGAACAGAAUUUUGGACUUUUAUUUCUUGUUUCCUAGGGAUCACGAUUUCAAGGCUUGCUUUGAAAAAAAAAAAAAAAAUAAAAGGUGUAGGGUCCCAUCAAUGAAACAAUGAAAUGUGUUCUUUCCUGCUGCUGGCAGCACUCUCCACUCUUUAGAAAUGUAUCUGUCUUCCAAACUGCAUAGGGCAGAGAUCAUUAGAAAAGUGAAAUUUAAAUUAUUUUUGCCUAACUUCCCUACUCAUAUUCCCAUUUUCCUUCCAGCUGGAGGAUGUUUAACUGAUGGAGUAAAGCUAUUCUGGAUAAACAAAGAUGGUACCAAGACAAAGGGAAGAAUGAGUUGAUCAUCAGGAGAGGCUGGAGAAGACUUCCUUGGGAAUCCAAGGUGCAGUGGGUCCAGAGAGUAAGAGCUGGGAUAAGAAUAGACUAAUUUCAUUGAACUGGAGCAUCUUACUAAAAAUGUCUGAAGACCCAUAGAGAGAUGUGGUACCUCAUUUGGCAUGAGGCCAUUCCAUGAAUUUCUCCAUUCCCUGGAGUCUCUGAGGCUCCAGGGUUUAUUUGAUUUAUAGGGUUUUGGAGAAAGUAAAGUUUGAUCAGUGGCCAAGGCCACUCAACAAGGCACUGCUUUUUGUGUGUACAAAUAAAUGCACUUAGAGCUUUGUCCUGCAGAGCUUCUUUUGUAUCAGUGAUAUUUCAAAGCUCUGCGUGAGCUUGAACAGCAGCUUUUGAACAGAGAAGCGAUUUGACGUGGUGGGACAGCUGGGGUUACUGCAGACAGAAAGGGUUUGCCACUGACCCAGUUGGUGCUUGGAAGCUGACUGUGCAGAUGAACUUGGGAGUUACAUGGAGCAGUCUGAAUCUUUGAUUGUUCUUUGAAAAGAGGCUCCGGGGGAUGCUGGUGGAUGUAGAGAAGUCUCUAAAGUGUGGGAGCAGAGUGGAGGGUUAGGGUUAGAUGGGAAAUCUUGGUGGUGAGGGAAGAUUAGUCAGGUAUUUGUUCUGGGAGGAUUUCAGGGGAGCAGGAAUGUGGUGGGAGGUGCUGGGGAUUGCGCAGAUGGUGCUGGCGUGAGAUCAAGGUGUGACUUGCUGCAGAAGGACUCUGGAAAGGAUGUCCAGCCUCACAGCUCUCCUGAGGUCACUGCGCAGGGUCAGCCCUGCCUGGUGUGUGCGGAGGGUUGGCUUCAUACGGUCUACAUGUGACUGAGGUAGUGAUGGUUCUCGUGGAUUAUCUCCUCUUCAAAUACAUUGUCUCAAUUCAUCAGCGUGUCCAGGUGUAACAAAAGCCUUUCUGCUUCUUGAACAUGAGCCCUGCCUAAAAUCAAAUCUGUCCGUGUUCGGAGGGAAGGAUGUGUGUGCUGUAACAGUGCUGCGGUGCAUUAAAGCUGUAAAAUACUCUCUAGUGGUGUUUGCUAAGUUUAGCUGCCUAAUAGCCAGUUCUCUCCCAAUUUGUUUUGGGCAUCAAAUUGCACUGAGUCAUACCAGAGUGUUUUUUCUUUCUAGCCCUGAGCUUUUGGCCUUCAUUACAGUAAAACACAUCAAGAGUAACUAAAAUCACACUAGUUCCUCAUUUGCAUGAGAGGUUACUAACCCUGACAGACUGAGAAUCCCAGAACUGGGGUGAUGAUGUGUGUAACUCUCUGUCCUAUUUGUCUGCUGGGACUGUUCACACAAGGAUGUGUUAAAAUCAAGACUGGAACCUGUUGAUCUGAGAACAUCUGUUGCUUCCCCACCACUGUCUCAGGAGCUGGUGUUCCUGCCCCCUGCCCUGUGGCGCAGUUGUCUCUGUGGUCUGCAAACCAAGACACUACGAAAACCCUGCUGCACACACUGUCACUAGACAACAAUUACUCUUUUAAUUUAAAUGUUUUAUGAAUAUAGUUGUUGUUUUGCCUCUGUUUGUCAGUUACCAGUGGGAGCGGAGGGACGGGGGUGGGAGAAUCUGUGCAUGCAAAUAUAUUUAAAGUGCGUUGACCAAAGUUUUUUUUUGAAUCUGUGAAGUUUUCAUAUCUGUGAAGUCAUCAGACUGCUGGGCAGUGAGGAGCCGCUGGUGCUGCUGAGUCUGUCUUGGUUACAUUUCUUAAUAAGCAUUAAAAUAAUAAAAUAUAUUUGUAAAAGA